UGAAAGACGGGCGCUGAUUGGCCCCGCGCUGUCCCCUCACGGAGAGGGACCCGCUCCGGUGCGGGGCCGGUCCCGCCAUGGCGGAGCCGGGCUGCGGGGCGCAGUUCCGCGCCGCCGUGCAGGUGAUCCAGGGGCUGCCGCGGAGCGGUGCGUACCGACCCUCCUACGAGGAGAUGCUGCGCUUCUACAGCUACUACAAGCAGGCGACGGCGGGGUGCUGCCAGGGCCCGCGGCCCGGCUUCUGGGACCCCAUCGGCCGCUACAAGUGGGACGCCUGGCACAGCCUGGGCAGGAUGUCCAAGGAGGAGGCGAUGGCCGCGUACGUGGCGGAGAUGAAGAAGGUGGCCCAGAAGGUAACGGGGCGGGCGGCGGGGCCGGGCCGGGCGCCGCUCCGUGCCCGUGUCGCCGCGGCCCCUCCGCAGGUCAUCGACACCGUGCCCAUGGACGAGAGCACCGAGGAGAUGUUCCGCUACUUCGAGCCGCUCUACGAGGUGAUCCACGACAUGCCGCGGCCCCCCGAGUCCUUCUUCAGGCGGAGAGCGGAGAGCCAGGGGAGGCCGGACGGCCCCAGCCAGGAUGUGGCAGCGAGCAGCCCGGCUCUGGAGAGCCCCAGAGACAGCGUGCCUGGGGAGCAGCAGGACGGGCAGCACGGGCCAGGAGCUGGGCUGGCUCCUGCCCCCGAGGCGCCCGAGGGGAGCCAGGUGACGAGUGACACUGAGGGGGACACGUUCUGUGACACCCUGGAGCAGAUGGAGCCUGAGAAGGCUGGGCAGGGGCGGGGGCUCACCCCAAGUGGGGCCCAGGCUGGGGCUGAGCCCCCAGUGCCCCACAGUGCUGGGCAGGGCGAGCGGGGCGAAGGCAGAAGAGCCGAGGGGAGCAGCAGCACCGACCUCACAGCCCUGGGCUCCGAGAGAGGUGUCCGGCUGGCAGGGGGGGACCCCGGCAGCCCCCCCGAG